UUGAAGGAGCAGAUCUGCUGGAGUCCAACCUGGUGGAACUACUGCUGGAGCAGCCCGAACGUUUCUUUGAGCGGCACAAAUCACUGGCGCAUCAAGCCAGGAAGUUGUCCUUCUGCCUGAGGAGGAUUUGGGGCUUCCCAUGGAGAUGCCUGUGUUAGAGGAAAGAGAAAGGACGCCAGUAUCUGAGUCUGUACCCAUACCGUCGCCACCGCACGGCGAAGAGGAGGAAAUGACCACUGAAGCCGAGAGAGAGAGGGCGGUGAGCGAGAGGAGCCCUCUUCUUCAGCCUGCUGUGGUGAGGCCUGAAUCUCCUAAAGGGCAGAGGAAGAGGAGGAGACAGCUGCUCUUCAUCGAUGAACAUACACAGAUAUCUCAAGAGGAAAUGAAGGCCCGGAUUGAUAAUGCGGAGACAGAGACCAGGCCUUUGGCGACACUCAUCAAACCACGCUUUGAAAAAAAGGGUGCUAAAGAACUGCUCGGGAACCCUUGCAUGAGCCUUCCACCUGAAAUCCUGGCGCUAUGGAAACAGGCCGCGGUCGUGAGGCCCAUCCCUCCAUCCAGGCCGCGCUGGGACGUUCCCGCAGCUGAGGAGAUACCAGAGGGAGAGGAGGAAAGACCAGAACCAGCAGAGAGAGAAGAGGAGAGACCAGAACCAGCAGAGAGAGAAGAGGAGAGACCAGAACCAGCAGAGAGAGAGGAGGAAAGACCAGAACCAGCAGAGAGAGAGGAGGAGAGCGAGCUCAGCUCAAGAGAGAUUCCCAGAGAAAUGGUGGAGUCUGGCCUCCUCCAGCAAGAAACACCAGCCUCUUUGGUCAUUUUGGAGACACCAGACAAGGAUUCUUCUCCACUCGAGACACCUGAGAUGAUACGAUCCCCGGUUCCAGAAAUUCAGUUCGGUCUAGAGGACAUCCCAGAGGAGAGGGUCCCAGUGAUGGAAGAUAUUGCAAUGGAUACUGAGGAACAGUUAAGGCCGCAGGAUGUCAUGGAAGAUUUAGUGACCUUUCGCUCUCUGCUGCCCGUUCAGGCCAGCCGUAGAAUUGUUGCCCGAAUCUUUUGGAGAUUGCUAGAGCAAACGGUUGCAAGAGAGGUCACAGUGCGACAGGACGAGCCGUAUGGUGACAUCAUCAUUUCACAGCCAUAGAUCGAUCGUAAACCGACGAUGACUUGCCAUUAUUCUCAGACAAAACUGGUAUGACUUAUUAAAUCAGUGUUCAUGUUUAUGAAUUUUUAAACAACUGAAAGUCCUUUAGUUGUAUUAACAUGUUAUUGAUGGUUUAACCGAUUUCUGUCAUUGUUUAUUUAACGUUGUGAUAUUUUGUAAACAAGUUUUGUCUUUUGAAGAAUGAAAUGAACUCUUCAAUGUUUUCUAUAUUAUUCUGAUGAUACCAUGUUUGUUACAAUACUCCUGUUUUUAUCAUAAUAUUAAAUGUUGUUCUCUGUGUUAUAGCAUGAGGCAUCACAAAAUAUAGUUUUCUUCUUUUAUUACAAACUCUUAUCUUUACAGGUUCAACAACACAACUAUGCAAUAUAUAUUUAUCAGGUUGUUUUGGCACAAAGUACAUUAUUAGGCACUAGGUUUACCACAGAUACCAGCAUAGACAGAAGUGAAUAUGCUAAAAAUACAUUUCAAGUUAUUUCACAUACCUUCAUAAGUGAUUGGGACAAUCAACCUUUGUCAUAAAUAUCAAAAUCACAAUUCAACUGAACCCCAAAAUUGUACUCAUUGUAGAACACUGUCACAUAAAAAGCAAAAUGUUCCUCACUACAAUGUCUUAGCU